GCGGAAGGUCAGCGCAGAAGCGGAAGUGAGAGCUCGAACCCAUCCGCCAUUGUGGCACGGAGCAGCGGUGGAUGUGAUCAGAGAUCGGAAAGAGAGAGAAGCCCCUCGCCCGCCGAACGCUCAUCUCCCGAGUACGGUGCUCCACAGGCCAGCGAUUAUAACCCCCCUCCUGGCCCGGCUCGAGACUGCCGCUCCGGAUCAGCCGCGAUCCCAUCGCCACAGAGAGUGAGAGGAGCUGAGCGGUGUGUGGUGAAGCUCCAGUGCAGUGAGUAUAGCAGAGUAGGACUGUAGUACUUCCAUUAAUACUAAUAAGCUGAGUGUAGUGUGGUGUAGUCCUGCCUCCGCCUCCACCGCCGCCGCGACCACUCCCGCUGCUGGAGAGGAGAAUGUCCGCCACCACUGUGGAUCAGAGACCCAAAGGCCAAGGAAAUAAAGUGCAAAACGGUUCGAUGCACCAGAAGGACGCUGUGAAUGAUGACGACUUUGAGAACUACUUAAGCAGCCAGACAAAUCAGAGUAACAGCUACCCACCAAUGUCUGACCCCUACAUGCCCAGCUACUAUGCCCCGUCCAUCGGAUUCCCUUACUCUCUGGGUGAAGCUGCAUGGUCGACUGCGGGUGACCCUCCGAUGCCCUACUUGACCACCUACGGACAGAUGAGCAACGGCGAGCAUCAUUUCAUCCCGGACGGUGUGUUCAGCCAGCCCGGGGCCCUGGGCAACACGCCGCCCUUUCUCAGCCAACACGGAUUUAACUUCUUUCCCGGCAAUGCGGACUAUUCCACCUGGGGGACCAGCGGGUCGCAGGGUCAGUCCACCCAGAGCUCGGCGUACAGCAGUAGUUACGGCUACGCCCCUAGCUCGUUAGGCAGGGCCAUAGCGGACGGACAGGGUGGCUUCGGGAGCGACACGCAGCUGAGCAAGGUGCCACCGCUGGGCGGCCUGGAUCAGAGCAUGACCGGGCUCAAGCUUAGCUCUGACAUGGCAGCCGUCACCAAAACCGUAGGUUCUCCUUUGGGAGGUACGGCUGGUAUGAGCAGCAUGGCGGCCAACAGCAUGGCACCGGUUAGCUCUUCGGUUCUCAAGCCUUCGUCCUGGGCGGCGAUAGCCAGGAAACCGGCUAAACCUCAGCCCAAGCUCAAGCUUAAGACCAAUCCAGGUAUGGGCGGCGGUGUCGGCAUCCCUCCUCCCCCUAUAAAGCAUAACAUGAACAUUGGUACCUGGGAUGACAAAGGUGGCAUUACCAAGCCACCCCUUGCUCAGCAGAUGUUGCCCCCUCAGCCGUUGGUGCAACCGCAGAUUUUAGCCCCGCCUCAGCCCCUGUUGACUCAUCAACCUCAACCCCAGCAGCUCCAUCUUCAAUCCCCUCAACCCCAGCAUCAUCAACAGCUUCCUCUGGGUCCGCCGCAUCCCCUGCAGCACCACCCAUCCCAUUCCGCCCCACCUCAUCCCCAGCAUCCCCAGCAUCCCCUGCCCCAGCAGAACGCACCACUCCAGAACCGUUGGAUCGCCCCGAGGAACCGUGCUGCCACUUUCAACCACGGUGGAGGCCAGGAGAACUUCGGCCUGGGCCCCGGCGUGCCUCUGAGCGUCUCGCUCUCCGCCCCGGGCGAGCUCCACCCGGUGCUGGAGAAGCUCAGGGCGCUCAACUGCUACAACCCCAAAGACUUCGAGUGCAACGUGAAGAACGGGCGCGUGUUCAUCAUCAAGAGCUACUCGGAGGACGACAUCCACCGUUCCAUCAAGUACUCCAUCUGGUGCAGCACGGAGCACGGCAACAAACGCCUGGACGCCGCGUUCCGCUCGCUGGCCGCCAAGGGCCCGCUCUACCUGCUCUUCAGCGUCAACGGGAGCGGGCACUUCUGCGGCGUGGCCGAGAUGAAGUCGCCCGUGGACUACAACGCCUACGCCGGCGUCUGGUCUCAGGAUAAGUGGAAGGGCAAGUUCGAGGUCAAGUGGAUCUUCGUGAAGGACGUGCCCAACAACCAGCUGCGCCACAUCCGCCUGGAGAACAACGACAACAAGCCGGUCACCAACUCCAGGGACACUCAGGAGGUGCCUCUGGAAAAGGCCAAGCAAGUGCUUAAGAUUAUCGCCACCUUCAAGCAUACCACCUCCAUUUUUGAUGAUUUUGCACAUUAUGAAAAGCGGCAGGAGGAAGAGGAAGCCAUGCGAAGGGAGCGAACUCGAACUAAACAGUAACCUCGCCGAGGCCUUUGUGUUCGAACUUCAACACUAAUAAUAACAACGUAGAACCUUGAAUAUUGCCUAACCACAGAAGAAGAACUGUUUCGGAUCUAUUUUCUGCUGAAGAUUAUGUACGGACACUUAACGUCGACUUUCGAUGCACCUGCCCUUACUCGCGAGUCUCUCCUUAGGGGGGGAAAUAAAAUAAAAACAAGCAAGUUGCUCCUCACGUAAACUGUA